AUGAAGGGAAGAGGACAGGUGGAGAGUGAAGGGACCACUGGUCUAAAGUGGGUGAAGGAUAAAAAGGACACUCGAGCUAAUUUUUUCUUAUCGGUAUCGGGAGGCGACCAGACUGCGGACAGAGGCAGGCCCCGCCUGGUUUUUCCAGUGGAGCAGCCAUUCAGUAGGCAGGACGCUGUAGCUUCAAAAGGCCCUAUGGCAAUAUGCCUUUCGGAUGCUGGGGGACACCAUCCCCCCACUGAAUCUCGGCCUUCUGCUGCUUCUUAUAGGCGUACUGCGCAUGUACACAGACUUAUGGAUGCACAUAGACAAGAAAAUUGUGCUGACUCUUAUCGAUGGUCUCCCCGGCUCGUUGAAGCUGAAAACGUUCGUGUUCCGCCUGGGGCCUCGGACUAUUGCGUUUCCCUGCCCUGUAAAAGGUUUUUCACUGUAUUCAAUGUUGUUCUGAACCUUUUCAUUGCGAAUGCUAUCGCAUAUGUUGAUGCUGGGUCUCCCGUGGGGUUCGCUGGCUUCAAGGGCCCACGGGAUACUGGCUCAAGACCUCCCAAUCUCUACUUUAGGCAACACACACACCCGGAUUCAUUUCAGGACGGUAAGAGAAAAAUGGCUCUUGCGGACACUAGUGAGUAUCCGCAACACAAUCAGCAGAGUCAGCAGCAACAGCAGCAGACCCAACAGCAGAAAGUUACGGGCUCUCGACCAGGGCCACGCUCGGAUUUCUUUGGAGCGCUGCUUUAUAUCAUAUGGGGGCUUUUCAAUACCCUUAGUUCCUCCACCACCAUUUUAUCUUGCUUGGCAGCAGUAGCAAAUUUUUCCUUUGCCGCGUUGCUGCUAUGCAGCUUUUGGCGGCGCCCGCUGAAAGGACAAGCAAGAACAUGGCUCAGUUCAGCUUACAAUCCCGAUCCUUCCUGCAGCUGCUGCUCCACCAAUAGUGAUAAAAACGUAGUUCUACCUAUCGAACAAGGCACAGCUUGGAAAGUACAAAAGGCAGCAAAGAUUGUCGGGAAGGCUUUUGCACGCUGUUGCCGAGGCCGCAGGCUACGCAACAACUCUCAUGGCAGCACGUUGACUGCAACCCAGGAACAGUUGCGACGGGAGAAGCGUUGGCUGCCCUGGCUUGUGGAUUUACAAGAACAGAAAACAACACUAGCUGCAGCAAAACCUGUCACAAUAGCAGCACCCGAAGUGGUAGCUGAGUUUGCGGACAGUGUUUUACUUUGCCCAGAGAGCAACUGCGGGAUGCAAGAAGAACCUACAACAGCGAAAGCAGCAGCAGCUGCAGCAGAGGAGUCCUCGUGGCUGGCAUGGCCGGAUGCAAGUUAUGGAGCAGCUGUUUGCUUGUGCACUACCUGCGCCAGCAUACCAUCCGAUGCAACAGCAGAAGCAGCUGCCCUUGACCACCUGCUUCAGUCAUAUGAACAUUUGCCCCCACUGCUGCAGUGGGUGACUUACUUUGUUGUUGCCUGUGUGUGGGCAGCGGAAGUUUAUGCUCUUGCUGCGCUUGAAGGCCCAUUGCUGGGAGCCCCUCAAGGGCCAGCAGGUGUAUCAGCUGGAGUGCUAAAGGACUACCACAACAGCAGUGGGUACGAGCCAGGAGCACUAGUGGCGCACUCAAUGCUGAUGUUGACAGAGAUGCUGUUGGGGGUAUCUCUGUUGGCUGCGCUGCUCUCAGAGGCGGUUUUUAUUGUAGGCAGCAAGAAACAGCAGGAGAGAAGAUGGUGGAUUUAUCUUUUGGUGAUGCUGCUGUGUUGCUGGUUUGCUGUUGGCCUCUGUUGCUUUUACUGCACAAGCACAACUUCUAAUAAUGCAGCACUCAAUGGGUCAUCAGCAGCACAGCCAAGGGGUACAGCUGCCCUCGGCACUCCAGCAACAGGCACAAGCUUUGAUGGUUUCGAGACCCAGCAACCUCAGCAUCAACGCUUUGGGAGUUCGCCUUUGCUCCAAGCACGCAGUGGAUUCGACGAAGGAACGGGAGAAAAUAGAGAAAAAACAGAGGAAUCAGUUACUUUUGGGAAAAGUGCCACGGCUCAGGAAGAUGUACUGCCCCUCUCACGCACAACGCCAGGACACAAGCAGUACAGUCAGCUUCACUCACUACAAGCAGGAGAUUGGCAUCAACAAGAAAGGGAAAUACCUUUCACACCGUUUUCACAUCUGAAGAGCCUCCAGCCCAUCACAAACUUGCAGUCAGAUGUCAGCAAUGAACAUAGUUACAGCACAGUGAAAGGCAUGUGGAAGGCUGCAGCACCAAUAGCAGCUAAAGGAACUGAUAUGGAGGGUGCACCCCAAAGAAGGUUGAGUGCCUCUCUGUGGGACUCUGGUACUGCAACCCUCUACCUGAAGUCAGUCAAUGAGUUUGACAAUACUGGUGCGGAGAAAAAUAGCCGCAGUACCAACACCUCCACGGGAGCCGCAGGUCUAUUGCUUCGUGCCACUGCCGCUGUACAUAAGGGGGUAACUGGAAUUAUCAUUUUGUGCAAUACAGUACUCAAUUGGGUAGGAGACGCCCUAGGGGCCCUACUGCUGUGCAGUAUCUUGGUGCCACCACUGUUGCUGCGCCUUACCGCUUUUUUCGUAACGCUGGAUCUCGUCAGACACCAGGAUGCACUGAUACAAAGACGGGACUCUACCCAGAAGAAUUCUGUCUACUGGCUGCUUUCAACUCGCAUUCGGAUGCCCCAGGAACAUCUCCACGGCGAAAAAUCCAAACUAGCUAGUGCACGUGAAUAUAUAUGCGAAGCACAAGAGGGACAGGCACGCUAUCAUGAUAAGCAGCGGUCAGCUUUGUAUUUCGACCCUGAAGCUUCGGUCGUGGUAGAUCGACGACUUUUCUGCGGUGCACUAAAAGACGAUCAGGCAACGACGUGUGGCCAAGUGACCAGGACCACUUGCCACCCCUCGUCAGCCACUGCUCUCUCUUAUUCCGUAGAAACGCUAAUAAUAGUGAAUGCCACCAAAGUAUUAAUAUUGGCGUCUUUCAGAAGUUUGGAAACUCCCAAAAAUAAUCUGGUCGGGCUUCGGCGAGCAGAUAGUGACCAGUUUGAAGGCGAAGCAUUUAGAGAGAGCCAUAGAAAUGCUAAAUUUUAUGAGUACUAA